AUGUCUACUGAUAGGGCGCCGAAGUUCACCAUCUACUCAUCCGAAGCCUCUCAAUGGGCAAUGGUCCCUCUCCUGGGCAUUCAGGAGAAAGGCAUCCAGCCCCACGAAUAUGAGCAUCGAGAAAUCGAUCUCAUUGGAGCUGGCAACUUCGAUGCGGAAUAUCUCAAGAUCAACCACAACGGCACCCUUCCUGCUCUGACCACCCCGUCUCUCGACACUCCACUGGAGGAAAGCGCCGACAUUCUCGAAUUCCUCGACCGCCUCGAACCGUCUAGAGGGACAAGCCUGGCGCCCAAAGAUGCCGCGACCAAGGAAAGAGCCGCAGAGCUGAUUACCCUGGUCCAUUCAAUGGACCUCAACAGCAACUUGAUCCUCUUGACGGCGCGGGACACCGAGGAACUCGAAAAGGUCAAGGCCACCUUUUACGACUUCAUCACCACCCGCCAGCGAGUCCUGGAGGAGAACGCGGCCCGCGACCCAAGCCAUCCCUUCUACGGUCCCAAGGCCGCAGACAACAACGGAGUGUACAAAGUGUACACGACCUCAUCCACGAGCCCUGAACAUCACGACUUCUUCAAGAGCACACACGAGGGGUACAAGGCGUUUGCCAACGCUUUUGGCCAGCUGGAGUCUCUGCUCGCCCUGCCUUACGCUGCUGGUGACCAUCUCACGUAUGCUGAUUUGAACAUCAUUCCGUGGCUCAGCCAUGUGUUGUGCUUUGCGGGGGCGAAGGACUUCAACGACUUUGCUGCUUUGGAGUCGCUGGUCAGGAAGACGGUCCCGGGGUUCAGUGUCGGGCCUGAGCUGAGACAGUGGUGGAAGACGAUACAGGAGAGGGAGAGCUUUAAGAAGAUAUACCCUGUGCUCCAUUAA